AUGAAAUUCAGUGAACAGGCAUUUCGUGAUGAUUGCGUUCUCUUCUUUAAAAAUUUGCCCUCCGUUCUCGAAGAUAACGAUAUUUCCAACUUCCUUAAAAGGCUGGGGGCCAUAAACACUGAGCCUCUGCCUCCGAAUGGUCGCUUGAGAACAGUAACUGUGGCGGGUUUUAUAUAUUCUGUUUCAGCGAAGGGCCUUUGCAGAAUUUAGCUCCUCUAGCGACUGCUGGAAGAUUGUUAAGUCAUUGCAUCAGUUUAACCUUCUUGGUACACGAAUAUCUGUCGAGUUCGCUCGUGUUCGUUCAUGGUCUGUCACAACUUGAUUUCUUAAUUUACUAGCUUUUCGGAAGUGGAAACCUCUCCACAAAACACAAACGACUCCCAGAAUAUGAACUUGGAUCUCAGUCAGAAUGAAUGGGUUAAUCAACUGUUGUCAAUCUCUCCUCGCUGGCUUCCAAUGCACACCUGGAAAGAAUCGCUUUAUUCGUACCCUAAAGCAUCCACCGAAAUCCUCACGAACAUUGUGCGUUGUAUGAAGGCAGUGCCGAACUUCUAUAUCCAGGUAUCUUUCAUCUUCGAGUUAUUUGCGCAAGCUUGAACUUGCAUAGCUGUUUAAUUCGAGGUAUCUUUCCUCGACUAUUGGAUUCCUUUUUCCGCUUAUUGAGCUGGUAGUCAUGUAUGCUAGAAGUUGUUUGCCGUUACUAACUAGCGUGCCAAAAGCAUUUUCGAUUUGUAUUUAGAUGUUUCCUACUUCUACUACUUUUCUACAUUUUUCAUCAAACUGUACGACAAGUGAUGGUUUAUGCACCAGCGUUUGACGCUGUGCUCGCGUAUGGGCGCUUGUCAUCCACUGACUUACUAAUACGCGUGUGGUUGAAGACAACUAAGCUGGCGACCUUCCCCCGCCUGGAAAGUGUUAUAGUCACAAGUAGCAUGCCACAAGAAGGUUUCGUUCUACUGGAUGUGCUGCAAGCUGAAAACGUUUUUUAGACACCGCUUAACGGGCUUCGUUUUCUACGAAAAACGCGAAACGCUUUCUGGGUUCGGCAUUUGGAAGCUAUCUUACCCUACGAUCCACCGGCAGCACUUAUUUAUAGAUAAGUUUACGUCCCCCAUGAUGCCAUAAACCCCCAUUUCCUUACGCCCGCUGCAUUACAAUAAAACUGAAUUGAGUGGGAAGUUUUCUUCAUAUUAAAUUACCAUUCUUUUGGUUCGCCAACUAAAGUUUGUUAGAUACUUCUUUCCCUACGAUUAGUCUCGCUAUGUCUUUUUAAAACGAACUCACUGAAUAAUGUGUGUACAUAAUAAGUCUUCACCAUGAUAACGCGUUAACCACUCAGAACGACCAGUGCGAGUACGCUUAUACACCCAUUCGAGAUAAUUGUACCACUCAUCAUCACCAGUCAGUUUUUGCUUACUGGGAGCGUUUACUGUCUGUCUUGAGCGAACCCAACGUGGGUGCUAUGAAUUCCCAUUUGUCUGCUCGACUGACGGCAAAUAGGUUGAAUUCUCACUUUUUGAAGCUUUUGACUGGAAUUUCAGCGCCUAGUAUUGCCUCUUUGAGCCUCUGUUUGAUCAAGUGGUCCCGUCUUCCUAUCAUUACUUCAUUCAGGGGUCGGAGUUCGCCAACCCGAAUCAUCUUCAUUGGCAAAUCCAAGCCUGGCGCUCACAUUGUAUCCUUAUCGACCAACGUUUGUAUUAGUACUUGUUUAUGAAUUUGUUCACCGUCAUUACUGUCUCCGUGUUUUCAAGAUUCAUUAAGUUUCCUUGACUUAAGUUCUUAUGUUAGCAUGGCGGAUUAGGUCGAGGUAAGUUCCUCUCUUACAUUCCGAAUGAAGUAAAAGUUGAAACACGAGCUAUCGUUCAUUUCAACUCUACGGACAACUAAUAUUUGCAGUCGUCUUUGUCUUUAGCCUUAUUUUGACCUUAGCGAGAUGCAGGCCUUACUGUCUCAUAUUGAAUUUUAACCACUUUUCUCGUGUUCCCCACACCCUUGAAACCGUGUGUAAAAGUUAUUGUAUAGUAGAGCAAGAAACCGUUGUACUGGCCCUCUAGUCCUUUUUCUUCAUUUGAAGUUGGUCCCCUAUUACUAAAACCCCCGUGAACAACCCAAUCUUCGGAAGUUCCGCCUUGCGAUUUUAUAAGCUAGUCUUACUGCGACUAUUUCCCGCUUUGCAUCUGCUGGUUAUUUCUAUCUUAGUUAGGAAAUCGAUGCUGCUAGUGGGGGUUGACUCUUCUUUAUUGGCGUGCCCCUAACUUAUUGUACUUUGCUUAUUUCAUAGGUUCUUCAUCUGA